UCCGGACACUGGGUAGAGAAGGACAUAAGAUACAGAGAUGGAAUAAAACAACCUCUUCGUUUAAUUAGUUUGAUUAAAUAAGACGGAUUCAGAAUAAGUUAAGAAUUGGCGCUUUACUGUGUGAUGGUAUUCGGACGCAUUCGAGACUGGUGCGCUCACUUCGCGGAGCGGCACCAGUCUGAGAUCAACUUUGCGCUGCUGAUCGUUUCUUACAUCCUCUACCUCGUCAUCGGUGCGGGAAUCUUCUCCGCCAUCGAGCUGCCCUAUGAACACGAGCUUCGGCAGGAGCUGAAAGCGGCCAGGCAGGAAUUCCUGAGCAACAACACCUGCGUGUCCGACGCGCAACUGGAGGAGCUGCUGGCUCGAGUGCUGGAGGCCAGUAAUUAUGGGGUGUCCGUCCUUGGUAACGACACCAUACUGAACUGGGACUUCGUGUCCUCUCUGUUCUUCACCAGCACCGUGCUGACCACAACGGGUUACGGCCACAGCGUUCCUCUAUCGGAUGUAGGGAAGGCAUUCUGUAUCUUCUACUCCCUCAUCGGCAUCCCCGUUACCCUCUUCUUCCUCUCCGCCAUAGUAGAGAGGCUGGUGGAACUGAUGUCCCGACGCCCAGUGUCCUACUUUCACCGACGGUGGGCCAUGUCAAGACCGAAGCUGGCCGUAAUUCACGCUACUUUGCUCAGCAUCAUCAUGGCUCUACUCUUCAUCUUAAUCCCCGCCUGGAUCUUUUUCUCCUUGGAAAAAGACUGGAACUUUCUGGAGUCUCUGUAUUUCUGCUUCAUCUCACUGACGACCAUAGGCCUCGGGGAUUAUGUCCCGGGAGAAACUCAUAGUAAAGAGGACAACCCACAUCCACAACUGUAUAGGCUGGCUAUAACAGUUUACUUGCUGCUGGGCUUGGUGUGCGUCCUGGUGGUGUUGGAGACCUGCUACGAGCUUCCCCAGCUCAAACUCCUCAGACGAAGGUUUUACAAGGAAAGGCUUCGGGAGUUGGACUCCGAAACCACUAACAUCAUCAGUCAUGAUCAACUCAGCGACCAGAAGCCCGACCCUGCAGAUAAAAUGGACACUCAGUUGCCAGUCAUCUCUUCUGUCUCACAACAGGCCGAUACGUUUAGCCAGAAUGGCACGUCAACGCCUUACACUCCAGCUUCAGGAACCACUGUUAAUGGAAAGCUGUGAUAACAGCUGACAGCAACAUCAGGGUGUGGUGGAAGUUAAUGAACUUGUUUAUGAACUUUUCUUUCGUACUCCUGCUUUGUUAGUACAGAAGCAUGACGUAUCUACAGACAGUAGACACUUAGCGGAGUUAAGAUUGUUUAAAAAAACUGACUGCUCCCUGCCAACACCAACACGGACGUGUUGUGGAAGGAGGAACCACCCGCUGACUCUUGGCAUGGUAUUGUUUUCUCCUGUGUUGCUUUUAUUCAACUGCAGAUAGAGAUCACAGAGGAAGGGCCCGGCUUCAGAACGGAGGGAAACCUCACAAGUUUCCAACUGUAAAGUCUUCAUGCUUUGACUCUAAAGCAGCAAAGCCAGUUCUAGAGGAUUUCAUAUACAUUCCUGACAUAUAUUUGCAUAGGGAAUUUGCCUUCUUGGAAACAGCAAAGCCAAUGGAGUCGGAGGAAUCUGUUACUGUGUGUUAUCUCAUUCAGGUGUUCCAGGAAGGAGAUCAAUUGUUGGCAAUGAAUAAAUAUUUCAGUUCCUGGUUUCUUUUAGAGGAGGAUCAGCCUUUGCAUGUAGAAAAAGCUACACUGCAAUGUACAAGAUAUGCCACUAGAGGGCAGUACUUUCAUAUUGCAGAAAGAAGUCUUUCAAAUGAAGAUAUGGAUGCACAUGUUGUGCAGCCCAUAAUUUCAUGAAGGAAGUGCUAAAUUGCUGCUGCUUUGAACUGAAUGUCACAGUUGAUGUUUUUGUGUUCUACGCCUGUAAUCAUUUGUAUUUGAGUAAAGAGAAAGUUUGCCCUCACUUCCAGACAGCAAUUUUCUGUUGUUAUUGUCGAUUUUCUGGUUAGAGGGCUUUAAUAUACACACAACUACAAAAUUGUUAUCAUAAAAUUCACCUAAUCUUCUGAGUAUAAAAUAGAUCUUGAAACAUAAACAUAGUGCAUGGAUGUUGAGUUUUUAUGCAAUGCCUUGCAAAAGUAUUCCUACAAUAAAUAGAAAAAAAUUUUUUGUUGUAGUUUUAAAAAUAUUUCACAAUUAAAAUUAUGAGAGGUGUUGUA